GGAGCUCUCAUUUCCUUUUCUGAUGAUAAUUGUAUUGUUUUUACUAUAUAACUGAGUCCCUGGUUUCUCACUUAUAUGUUUGCGGACUGCGUUGUAUGAACUUACAGAAAACUUAUAUAUGUCUGUUUAUAAUGCGUGGGAGUCCUUCAUGUAUCAGUGGAUCGAAGCAGAUUUAGUUUUGUUUUGAUCCAGAAUCAACACACUGACUGAGUGAAUGUGAAUGCCUCCAGUCUCUCUCUCUUCUCACAAUAAGAGCCUGAGAUCUGACUGACUGGAGGAUGAGGAGGAUGAAGAUGAGUCUGUCUUCAUCUCAGGUAUUAACUCACUGGUGAUGAUGUGCUGUUCUUCAGUUCAAACUCAAUCUACAGCUCUGAGAUCGAUCAUCAUCCACUGAUCCAAUCUGCAGCUCUGCAUGCGAUUACUGGCGCUCCCGACCAAUCACAGGCUCCGCUGAGACACACGUCACAGCAUGACCGGAAACGCAGCGGAACAACGGAAACGGUCUCGCUGUGUGGGGAAUUUAAAUCUGCGAGAGAGUUUUACGCUAUAGCCCUGUGUAAUCAUCAUCUGUUUUCUUGGCGAGUCAUUCAGCAGAUGUUUGUGUGUUCAACACGAGUGUGUGAAGCAGCAGCAGCAGCAGCGACGACAUGUCAACCAAGAGUCUGGCGAAAGAGCUUGGUCUGAUCAGGAAGCGCAGUCAUUCAUCUGGAGCCCCUCAGCGUCCCUCCGUCUGCAAGCAGCGCUUCUCUUUCCUGAUCAUCAUUGACUUUGAGUCCACCUGCUGGAGAGAGAAGAGCAGCCGUGGUCAGGAGAUCAUUGAGUUUCCGGCCGUGCUGCUGAACGUGUCGAACGGAGAAGUGGAGUCAGAGUUCCACUCGUACGUCCAGCCGCAGGAGCAUCCUGUGCUGUCAGGCUUCUGCACGGAGCUCACGGGCAUCACACAGGAUCAGGUGGACUCCGCCCCUCCCCUCCACAUCUGUCUGUCCAGAUUCACUCGCUGGCUGCACGCUCUCCAGCAGGACAGGGGCGUGGUCUUUGAGAUGGACAGCACAGGCCCCGCCCCCUCUGGACACCCAUGUGCGUUUGUCACAUGGUCAGACUGGGAUCUGGGAGUCUGUCUGCUGUACGAGUGCAAACGGAAGCAGCUGAGUGUUCCUGAAGCUCUGAAGAGCUGGAUCGACCUGCGAGCCACAUACAGGCUCUUCUAUAACAGGAAGCCCAAAGGUCUGAGAGGAGCUCUGCUGGACCUCGGCAUCCAGUUCACAGGAAGAGAGCACUCAGGUCUGGUGGACGCGAGGAACACUGCUCUGCUGGCCUGCAGGAUGAUGACUGACGGCUGUCUGCUGACCCUGACCAAGUCUCUGAGGGGGGCGCUGGUGAAGUGCAGAGCGUCGUGUGGAAGCGUCUCUGCUGAGCGUCCCUCAGUGCUGUGUGAGCAGCAGACGAGUGUGUGUCGAUCGCUCGUGUCCCCGCGCACACUCCUCUCCAGCACAAACACUCCAGACCAGUCCAGACCGCUCGCCAGCCUCGGCACACUGGCCGGCCUCUCAGACACGACCUAUGACCCCGACACUGCAGACGCCUGCUGGAGGGACGGAGUCCUGCUGACCGAGGGGGAGGAGCCUGGCUCUUAUGAUGACGUGCUCGUGGGGGCGGAGCCUGAGGAGACUGACCCCACAGGACCCAGCGAAUCCACGUCCGACCACCACAGGCCAGUCAGACCAGCGCCCAGCUCCUCUUCCAGACCGCUCCCGCACACUGACCCGUACGCACCGCUCUCACGCUUCUUAGGACGCAGCGGCGCAUCAUUCAGCGUUUACACAGACCCGCCCGGCCGGGUGUCUCGGGUCACGUCUCCUCUGUGCGGCUGCGGCCGGAGGGCCAGGCGUCUGACGGUGGGGAACGGAGGGCCGAACCACGGACGAGUGUUUUACUGCUGCCCCGUCAGACGACAGAGCUGCGGCGCGCCACAGAAGGGCUGCGACUUCUUCAAGUGGGAGUCUGCAGUCAUCCAGAAGCAGAUCAGAGCACCACAGACCUGCAGAUCUAGACCCCUCCGGUGAACACAGGGCUCUAGAUCUGAACAAACCUGUUGAAUUUAUUUAUAAUGAAAAAAAAAAAAAAACACUUUUUAAAAUAUUUUUAGAAAUUCUGUCAGGGAUAUUUGCAAGCUUUAACCUUAACUACAUCUCUGCGUCCAGUCUUUCUGUUUUUGGGAGAGGAUGAAGUGAUGUU